AUGGAUAACUUAACCAAUAUGACUCUUGAAGAGUUAUCCCAGAAACUUGAAGGAUUGGAGAAAGACAAUGAACAGCUUAGAAGAGAGAACCAACUCUGAGAAUCCUACAUUAAGAGAAAACAACAUGACAUGGAACAAAGAGGUGAGGACUACCCCUCGAUUUCUAAUAAGAAAAGUGGUAGGAAGCAGAAGCAAAGAGAAAAUUAUGAGCUUACUCCUGACCAAAAAUAUGACAUUGCUAAUCAAGAACUCGAGACUUUGAAGUCCAAUAUUGAAGAAGGAAGGGAGAAAUCUGAGGAACUUCUUGAACGACUCAAAGCAAUCCUUGAAGGAACUGAUCUUAAUAUUGCAGAAAUCAGGAAAGAAGCCUUCGACUUUGGCCGUUUCUUGUCCUCUUCAGAGAAUGGAAGAACUGGAAAAUACGAUGCUGAUAAACUGACUAAAUAUAUCGAGGAUAAAUUCAGACAGAAAGAAGCUCUUAUGGAUAAACUCCAGUUAAAGAACAUUUCUCUUAGGAAUCAAAUCAUGAAAGCUGAAUCCCAAAUCAAGCACAAGGAAGAAAUGGGAGAUGAUCUGAAGUUCAUUGAUUUCCAUCAGCUCCAAAUUGAGAAUAAGAAACAUGUCAAAGAUAUUGAUGAAAGGAACCAAAAGUUACUUAAACUAAAACUGAAGACGACUAAAACCGUACAAAGAUUAGCUCAGUUCAAGAACCGUCUUAAGACAGAGCUUGACCAGGAGAAGGAUAAACAAGAUGAUAUUAUCUCAAUGAAGCAGAAACUUAAGGGUACUAAAGAAGAUAUCAUUCUGGUUAAGAGAGAGUCUAAAUAAAUAUCAGAACGAGUUCAGAAAUCUCAAUGCUCAAAAGAACAGGAAUAAAGACAUGCCUGGCGUUGAAGAGUAUGUCAAGCAAAAGCAAACUGUUAGCGAACUCAAAAACUCAGUUAAAAACUGGAAGAGGAAGAUCGAGAUUGCUGAAAUUGCCUGCAAAGAAAAUCAGAAGAAGAUGAGAAGAAUUCAAAGAUCACACAUGAUGCAACAAGAAGAAAUGGAAUAA